CCACCGCGCCCCGAAGGACGGGCGAUUGGUAUAUAUAAUGAGGCGGGGACAACGGUUGGGCAUCAGCUGCCAUCCUCAGCUCCUACAGGACAGUCAUGAAGGUUUUGGUAAUCGCUUGCUUGGGCAUGGUGGCCCUAGUGGCUGCUCGUCCUUCAGACGACGUCAUCGACUUCGAGACUGACCACAUGGAGCACGAGCAGGAGGGUCAGCCAGGAAGGGCCGUCGAGGGCGAGUACUCCUGGGUAGCGCCCGACGGCAACGAGUACGUCGUCAAGUACGUCGCCGACCACCUCGGCUACAGGGUCCUCGACAGCAACGUCGUCCCCGAAGUCUUAGAAGCUGAGGAAGCCGAGGAAGACGACGAAGAAGGACAGGCCGCCUUCAGAGCCUUCGAGGAGGACGAAGAAGCUGAGGAGGAUGACGACGAUGAGAGGGCCGUCUUCCGCUAUGAUGACGAAGAGGAUGAUGAUUAGAUCAACGUAGAUGAAUAAUAGAGAUAGAUAUCCAGUUUAGAAAAAAAAUUAUAUAUUACAAUGAUAUAUUUCUGUGAAAUAUACUAGUCAAAACUA